CCUCGAGUUAUAUUCGCCUCAUUCGCUUUCAUUUCUCUCUCUCUUUCUCUCUUCACCUCCACUCACUGAAUCGCAGCACCAAGAAAAGGGUUUCUUUGGCGUCUCCGAGCUCUUAACCCCCCUCCAUUUCUCUCUCUCUCUGCAACUUUCUCCGAUCAUCCAUGGCCGAGAAGACUCAAUUCGAUUCCCGCACCAUCCAGAUCCCCAAAGAUGUGCAUGGAUCUGACAAUCCUAUUCCACUUUCACCACAGUGGCUUCUUCCGAAGCCGGGGGAGAACAAGACUGGCAGUGUACCUGGGGAGAACAAUUUUACCCCAUAUCCAGGUUAUGCAAGUCGGUUAGAUGUGAUGAAGCAAUCAGGAAACAAUGAAGAGAUAUAUGAUGCCCAGAAGAAGAAGGAUGUUUUCAGGCCAACUGUGCUUGAUAUGGAUUCUGGUCGGCGUGACCGCUGGCGUGAUGAGGAAAGGGAAACUAAUUCCUCCAUUCGAAAGGAUCGUUGGAGGGAGGGAGACAAAGAGCCUGGUGACACCCGGAAGGUGGAUCGGUGGGCGGAUAACUCUUCUUCCAGGACCUUUGGAGAAGCACGCCGUGGCUCAUCUGAGCGUUGGACUGAUUCAAGUAGCAGGGAAACUAAUUAUGAUCAACGUCGUGAAAGCAAAUGGAACACACGCUGGGGGCCUGAUGAUAAAGAGACAGAUGGUUUGCGUGAGAAGUGGAUAGAUACUGGUAGAGAUUUGGAUGUGACUGUUGAUAAAGGGUUAUCUCAUCAUGCACAGGAUGAGAGGGACAUGGAUCAUUUUAGGUCAUGGAGAUCAAAUACUCAAAAUCGAGGAAGGGGAGAACCUUUGCAUCAUCAAACUUUGACCCCAAGCAAACCAAGCUCUACAUUUUCAUAUGGACGAGGACGCGGGGAAAAUGCUCUUCCUACAUUUUUGCAUGGUCGAGGAAGGGUUGUCUGUGGUGGAAGCUCUGUGAACAGUGCUAUGCAUUCCCAAUCUUUUGGAACUGCGACAGAAAAGAAUGAAACUGGCCAUGGAGAGUCUUCCCCUUUAAGAUACAGCAGGACAAAAUUGCUUCAUCUGUACAGGAUGACUGACAUGAAGUCCUGUAAGAAAAUAUUGGAUGAAGUUGUACCAGUUCCUUCCCUUACACAGGAAGAACUGUUGGAGCCUCUAGCAUUUUGUGCCCCGGCUCCUGAUGAAGUGGCUAUUUUGAAGGGAAUUGACAAAGGAGAUAUUGUUAGUAGUGGUGCACCUCAGGUUUCUAAGGAUGGAUCCAUUGGAAGAAAUUCAAAUGACUUUGGCCAAGCGAGACGAGCGAAGUUUGGUAGUAGAGAAGAUGUGUUGCUUGCUUCUGAUGAUUAUAAAAGUGAAAAUGUUGACAAUUCCCAGGGUGGUUAUUCCAGUCACUUUGAUGGUGUAUCCCGUGAGAAAGAGUUGCACUCUUACAGGCCAGACACAAAACCUGAAACCUUACAGGAUAAACAGAUCUACUCUGAGAAUAAAUUAAAUUCUGAAGGUAUCUCAACAAAAAAAAAAUCCUCGGCAGAAGAUAGUGGUCGGUAUAGGACUGAUGAAGGGGCUGUUAUUAAGGAAUCUACAGUCCUGGGAAAUCUCUCUGUUCCUCCUGGAACAGCAUGGCCAUCCCUGUCAGUUGGAGAUCGUUCACCUUUGGCCUCACAUGAUUGGAGAGAGAUUCCGACUGACCUUAGGUCAAGAAUUUCUGAGUUUGGCUGGUUACGACCACAGAAAGAUAUAAACAAUGAACAACGGGGCAGUGGCUUAGGGGAUUUAUCUUACCCUGAAGAUGAAUCUAAAUGGCAGGUUGGCAAGGAUGCUGUUAUUAGAAGGCAGCCAUCUGCAGUCUUGGACAGGGAACUGGAAACCCGGAAACUUCUGCAGCCUUCUCCAGAGGAGCUUCUGCUUUACUAUAAAGACCCACAGGGUGAAAUUCAAGGCCCGUUUGCUGGGAUUGAUAUUAUUGGAUGGUUUGAGGCUGGAUACUUUGGCAUAGAUUUGCAAGUUCGCCUUGCAAAUGCGCCACAUGACUUGCCAUUUUCUUUACUUGGUGAUGUUAUGCCACACUUACGAGCAAAAGCCCGACCUCCUCCUGGAUUUAAUGCACCAAAACAGAAUGAAGUUGUGGAUGGAGCUAGUAGGUCAAACAUCAGUGCCCUUGGAAAGCUUCACACAAGCUCUAGUGAGAUUGAAAUGAUGAAGGCUGAACAAAAAUAUGCAUAUGGUUCAACAACAGAAGCUGAAAAUAGGUUUUUGGAGUCCUUGAUGUCACGAAAUAUGAGUAGUACGAGCGCAGCCUCACUUGAGAAGUUUGCCUCUGAAGCCAUGCAGGGAUUUGUAGGGAACAAUGCUAGUACUAUGCCCCCCUUGGGAGUGGAAAGCUCCGAUAACCUAUACCUCUUGGCCCAACGAAUGGCACUUGAACGACAGAGGUCACUGCCAAACAGUUACCCGUAUUGGUCUGGGAGAGAUGCAUCAUCAAUGAUUCCUAAUUCGGAUAUUGUCCAGGAUUCCACAACUCAACACGCAAAACUUCUGGCUUCAAUGGGUGAUAAUUCUCGCCAGCAGCCUCAUUCGCAGAAUCUGAUGUCUAUCCUUCAAGGCUUAACUGACAGGUCUACCUCUACAUUUAACAAUGGAGUUGGUGCCCGGUCAACUUUCCCUGUCCAGGGGGGAUUAGACCCACUUCAGGAAAAGCUGGACUUGCAUCAGGCUCAGAAUUUACCCCCUCAAACUGCAUUUGGGAUCCAGCAACAGAGGCUGCAAUCGCAGAAUGCACCCUCUUUAACAAAUUUACUGUCUCAAAAUUUUGAUAAUUCCUCAGGCGAUUUAACCCUUGAGAAGUUACUCUCUUCUGGUCUCUCUCAAGAUCCACAACUUUUAAGUUUGUUGCAACAGCAAUAUUUUGUGCAAUUACAUUCACAGCCACAAGUUCCAUCUCAGCAAAUGUCGGUGUUGGAUAAGCUAUUGCUGCUUAAGCAGCAGCAGAAACAGGAAGAGCAACAACAAUUGUUGCGACAACAGCAGCAAUUGCUCUCUCAAGUGCUAUCUGAUCAUCACCCUAACCACCGGAUGAGCGAGCAACCUUAUGGACAAUUACCGGUUUCUGUAUUGCCAUCAGGAAAUGCUUCUGCAGAUCAUCCGAGGUUUCACCUGGCACCACACGAGUUAUAUCAAAUGGGUUCCCAAAUUCCAGUUCCAAAAUUGUCAGAUGAACGCAUUUCUAACUUUCUUAAUGUUAAUUUACCUCCCAAUGCUUCCCAGGAUGCAAGUCAUAUUGUUGGUUCUGAAGCCUCUUCUAUGCAUUUACAGAGUCAAACACCUCAAAAAAGUUGGGUUGCUACUCUGCCUGAUGAAAUUGAUGACACACAAAAAAAGAACUCACUGACAUCAAGCAUGAUUGAUAGCUUGCCCCAGUCGGAGUUGGUUGACAAAUCUCCAGUGGUGCAGGUUUCAAAAGACAUUUUGAGAAUCAAUGAUCCUGUCACAGUUUCAACCUCUGAGGUUACUGUGGAGUCUGUGCCUUUAGAACAUCCUGGAAAAUCUGUUGAAGUAGAAUCUGCAAUUAAUUAUGAGAAUGAAGUUUCAGUGCCUGAGCAAGUAAAUGAAAUGAUGGUUCCAUCUGGGGAAGAGCCCUCCACAGUGAUGGAUAUUAGAAGUGUUGAAGCUCGUGAUAUAAAAAAGCCUUCUGAGAAGAAGUCCAGGAAGCAAAGGUCUUCCAAGGCACAAUCUUCUGACCAGGUGAAGGGAGUUUCUAAAACACCGUUCUCCCAACAAUCAAAGACAUCUGAAACUGACAUUCAUAAUGUUUCUGAUGUGAAGAAUGAGACACAUAUUGCUUCAGGAGAAAUAUUUCCCAGAAUGUCUCCACAGGAAACUAGAGAACACAAAUCUGAAGUUCCUAAAGUUGACACAGUGGAUGCUGAACAAACAAAGAGCUCAUUGCCUGCAAGUGCACUCAGGGAUGGUGGUGAUUCUAUGGAUGCAAAGGGUGAAUCCAGACUGGUUGGCCCUUCACAGCUUAAUGCUCAAGAACAAACUGGACAACGGGCUUGGAAGCCUGCCCCCGGUUUCAAGCCAAAAUCACUACUGGAAAUUCAACAAGAAGAGCAGAGAAAAGCACAAACAGAAAGGGGGCAUUCUGAGAUCCCAGCAUCCUUUACCUCCACUAGCGUCUCUACUCCUUGGGCUGGGGUUGUUGCCAAUUCUGAUCUUAAAACAGAUUCAGGGGAAUUAAAUCUUGCAGAACCAGAAAAUCGCAUAAAUCAAAAGAGCAAGAAGAGCCAAUUACAUGACCUUUUGGCAGAAGUUUCAGCGAAGUCAAAUGAAAGAGAUGUUGAGGUUCUGGACAGUAAUCCCCUACCGAUCACAACCUCUCAACUGGAUUCAAUUGACGAUGACAACUUUAUUGAGCUUAAAGACACUAAAAAGAAUCGAAAAAAGUCUGCAAAAUCCAAGGGUGUUGGAACUAAGGCCUCAGUGCCUCCUGCUUCAGUAGUUGGAUCAAGUCCUAAUGAGAAAGGCAAGGUUACGCGCCAAAUACAGGAGGAGAAGGAACUCUUACCUGCAAUACCUUCCGGUCCAUCCUUAGGAGAUUUUGUUCUUUGGAAAGGGGAAUCCACAAACCCUUCCCCAGCUCCAGCAUGGUCCACCGACUCUGGGAAACUUCCAAAGCCGACAUCAUUGAGGGACAUCCUAAAGGAACAGGAAACAAAGGUUUCGUCUGCCCACCACCAAAACCCAAUUCCAACACCUCAGAAGUCCCAGCCAAAUCAGCCCACUCGAGGAAAUGGUCCUUCUUGGUCGCUAUCUGCAACAUCCCCAGCUAAGGCUGCAUCUCCCAUACAGAUUGUUUCCAAUGCUUCUGCUCAAUCAAGACCCAAAGGAGAUGAUGAUCUAUUCUGGGGUCCUUUAGAUCCACCAAAACAAGAAGUGAAACAGUCAGAUUUUCCUCUUUUUGCCAGCCAGGGCAGUAGGGGAAUCAAAAACACUCCGAGCAAAGGGACUUCAGGAGGGAUGUUUAGCAGGCAAAAAUCUAUGGGUAGUAGACCUGGUGAACGAUCCCUAUCAUUGUCUCCUGCCACUUCCCAUUUGUCCCUGAAAGGGAAGAAGGAUGCCGCGAAUAAAUAUUCAGAGGCCAUGGACUUUAGAGAUUGGUGUGAGAGUGAGUCUGUGAGGCUUAUAGGAACGAAAGAUACAAGUUUCCUGGAAUUCUGUUUAAAGCAAUCCAGGUCUGAGGCUGAGAUACUUCUGAUAGAAAACCUUGAUGCAUAUGAUCCUGACCAUGAAUUCAUUGACAAGUUCCUCAACUACAAGGAGUUGCUACCUGCAGAUGUCCUUGAAAUUGCCUUUCAAAGUCGGAAUGAUCGCAAGGCUGCUGAAAUUGGUGCCAGAGAUAUGAAUUCUGACAAUGCAGGUGUCGGGGACUCUGAGCAAAACAAUGCAAUGGUUGCUGAUGGAUCCAAGGGUGGUGGGGGAGGGAAGAAGAAGGGCAAAAAAGGAAAAAAGGUGAACCCAUCAGUUCUGGGAUUUAAUGUCGUCAGCAAUAGGAUCAUGAUGGGAGAAAUUCAGACCGUGGAAGAUUAGGAAGGUUUGCAGAGUUGCUGUAUAUACAUUUGUCUUUUGAAACCUCUGUAAAUGGGUUUUAUGUAGGAAUUUUUGUUUUCCUCAAAGCAGCAGCAGCAGCAGCAUCACUAAUUUAUCUGCUCGAGCAAUUUUGUGAUAUAUUGUCGAAUACUAGAGAGCCCCCCAUUUCUUGUUUUUGUUAGAACUUACAUAGCUUUCCAUCUUGAGAGAUUCUUCCCUUCUACCCUUCACUUACUAGUAGAACACCCUGGGUUUCAGUGUUGAAUUUGAUAGAACUUGUCAUAGUGACUGGAUCGAAAUUUCUAAAAAUUUGGACCUCUGAUUUUGUGCUUGUU